AUGAAGCCCGCUCAGAUAGCUGGGUUGUCAGUAGCCGCUGCGGCAACGUUCAUCAUCGCAAUUGCUCUCAUGGCUCUUAGUGUCUUUCUGAGAAGGAGAAGAGAGCGGAAGAAUGGCAUGCAUCUCGAUGAGAAGAAUUCCCAAAGCCCUUCACCGAGGAGCUACUCAGCACGAUUCUCGCAAUACUUCGCUCAGGACUCAUUGCCACGGGAUCCACCAAAGCAAUUUUUGAUAGUGCCACCUCCACCAACUGCGAAACAAAUGGACACGCAACCCACCGACCUCAACUCGAUCCAUCCUCUCCUGCGCCCUGGUGCCGGACCUUCCAACAACUCAUCUGAUUCCUCUGUGCCACUCGACCAGAUUGGGCUUGCAAUAAGUGCGGAGCUACCAGAGACCACCUCAAGCAAAAUUAUUAGUCCCAAACAAAACCCCCGCAAGACUGGUUCAAGACAACAGAGACCAAAGAGUCUUCGACAUGAUCCCGACAUGGCUCAGCGCCCCGAUAGCGUCCUCACUCAAUCCACCGUCUUUGAGGAAGACGAUAUAGCGGACCGUCGCAGGGAGUCCAGGCUUUUACCAACGCCUCCAUAUCCGAUCCCCCCAAUCCGUAGCUUCCAACCUUCAAGGCCGCCACCCACAGUCAAUGUAGCAGCAAUGUCGGCAAAAGGACUGGCCACCCGAAGACAGGCACCACGUCACCCCGAGCUGUUUUUGGACAUUCCCGUCCGGCAUUCUCGGUCCGAGCCUAAAAGAGUUCCCCCAACUAAGAAUUCUCCUCCUGCUCCACCUACAUUUGCUGCGCAACCAAGGACUCAACCCGGCCCUCGUGUCCACAUAACAUCAGCCUUGGACGAGAAGCAAUCUAAGUCGAACCCCACAAGCACUGCCGAAGCAGGAAACGGCGUAGACAUCGACGAUUACUACUUCACGGCCCAUCAAGAGCCAACGUCGAAGUACCUGACGCCAACGGCCAGUCCAAGCCGCCUCCUCCGACCGAAAGAAUCACCAAAGGUGGUCAAAAUAAAGCCUAAGAAGUCUUCGAGCACGGUAUCGCGAAGCGCAUCUAGAGCGUCGACCAACCUGCGAGACUCGGUGUCGUCACAGACCUCAUUCGAGACUGUGGAUCCUAAUGACCCUACUCCCGAAGACGAGGAGGACGAAAAGCAGCUGGCUGAAGACAGCAAACUCUCCCCAGUUGCGGAGUCGCCAAUCUCGAAUCUCCGAUAUCCCAAGGUACCACGUGCUUCUAACCAGCUCGUUCCCCGCAGCCCAAGGAGUCCCCAAAGCCAACGGAGCCAGGAAAGCCCACGCGGUCUUCCUGAACCGUCUGGGUUCCUCUUCAACCAACGGAGUGACCGAGACCUGCUCGAGAGUCAGGUACACACAGGCAGUCCUCACACGGCGGACGUUAGAAAACAUAUGAGGCAGUACCGGCAACAUCUGCGAAGCACUAGCCUCGAAACGUGGAAUUCAAAUUCUAUGUCGAAUUCCUAUCGCAGCUCAGACCGCACCACGCGCGUGCUCAGCGGCCAGUGGCCGAAAUCGCCCGCCAUGUACGACCCCAACGUCGUAAAGCCCCUCAGCAUCCGCACCAGACACUAUCACCAGCCAUCUGUAGAGAUGCAAGAUCUAAAGAGCCCCGCGUGGGUGCCCAGGUUGUACCCGACGCGCCAGGGAGACGAUCUUCUAAUAUCCGUUACCUACUCCAAGCCCGGCCAGUAA